CGCGGGCAUGGCGGCCUGCAUCGCAGGGAGCUGUGGGGCCGCCAUGAACCUGGCCGGGGGUUUUCGAGCCGCCAGAGGGCUGCUCCCCGCGCCAGUGUCUGUCGCCUGCCGGGUCCGCGCGGGGCUGGACCGGCCGCGGAGCACGGGGCCCUCCGAGCCCGGCGCGUUCCGGCCACCACCGAAGCCGGUCAUCGUGGACACGCGCCGCCCGGCGGGCCCGGAGAGGAGGUUCUUGAGCCCUGAAUUCAUUCCUCCAAGGGGAAGAACAAAUCCUCUAAAAUUUCAGAUAGAAAGAAAAGAUAUGUUAGAAAGGAGAAAAGUACUCAACAUUCCAGAGUUCUAUGUUGGAAGCAUACUUCGUGUUACUACAGCUGACCCAUAUGCUAAGGGAAAAACCAACCAGUUUCUGGGGAUUUGCAUUCAGAGAUCAGGAAAAGGACUUGGAGCUACUUUUAUCCUUAGAAAUACUAUCGAAGGACAAGGUGUUGAGAUUUGCUUUGAACUUUAUAAUCCUCGAAUCCAGGAGAUCCAAGUGGUCAAAUUAGAGAAACGGCUGGAUGACAGCUUGCUGUACUUACGAGAUGCCCUUCCUGAGUACAGCAUUUACGAUAUGAACAUGAAGCCAGUAGCACAAGAACCUAGCCAAGAAGUUCCUGUCAAUAAGCUAAAAGUAAAAAUGAAGCCUAGACCCUGGUCCAAACGCUGGGAGCGUCCAAAGUUUAAUAUUAAAGGAAUCAGAUUUGAUCUUUGUUUAACUGAAGAACAAAUGAAGAAUGCCCAGAAGUGGAAUCGGCCGUGGCUUGAGUUUGAUAUGAUGAGAGAAUAUGAUACUUCAAAAAUUGAAGCUGAAUUAUGGGAAGAAAUUGAAGCAUCAAAAAAGUCCUGAUUCUGAGAAUGAAUUUGGUUACUUGCAGAGGAUGUUUUGACUCUCAGAAGAUUUAUUUUGAGACCAGUUUAAUUUCAUUUACGAGAACAUACUCAUUAAAUGAACUAAGCAUUCAUUAUUUUAUUAGAACUCUUUAAAAAAAUAAAAUUUGUCCACCAGUU